AUGAUAUCAAACUACUAAGUUAGAUCCAGGGGGGACUCGAGUUAGGGUUGGAAAUUCAAAAAAAGUUAAAAAACCGAAAAUGGAGUAGAAGAGAUGAUUAAAAUGCUUGACUAUUUUAUAAUUUAAAACAAUUUUAAAACAGCAUCAUUCAAACUAUUCGAAUAUGCAGAUUCAACAAUAUCAUCUUGAUAAAU